AAUAUUAAACUGUCACCCAGCCCUAUACUCUAUUCAACCUUCCUUCUGUCCAGAUUGACUUCUUUGUUCCUGUGUGCCAACUCCUGUAAUCCCCUUAGACACACCACCUGCAGACGGCCUCUUACGUAAAGACAGGAAGGAGACAGUAUAAGGGCUGACCAGACCAUCCUGAAUCAGAGAGCUGAGUACAGGUUGAAGUGUCCACACACACACACACCCGGACAGACCCUCUGUCAGUGGGUUUCCCGUCCUGGGAGUCCAGGAAGAGGAGCUUGAGAGAACCAUCAUCUGUUAUUUGUCAUCUUUAACUCAUUCCUCAUCUAACAGAAAAAAAAACAGAAGGAAACUCUAAAAUGUUUUUCAGAAUCCCAAGACUGACUCCAGGAUACAUCAGAUUUCUGCAGACUCAAGCCUACCAUAAUGUUCCUGUGACGCCUCCAGCUGAGAACACCAUGCCUGGUAUGGCAAUGCUGCUGGGGGCCAUGGGGAUCGGGAUGUGUGGCUACAGCUCCAGGCAGUUGGCCCUCCACCACCGGCCCUCCACCCGUGUGCUGCAGUGGGUUGGCACACACACUGACGCCAGCAUGGUGGGCACAGCUGCUCACAGGACCCCCUUACUGGAUGAUACUCGUCGGGCUGGUGCCCACCAGGAGAUCCCACCUCCCUCCUUUGUGGGACACAAGUUCCCUUAAAGUAACUUGGUUGAAUAUAGAUUGGCCACCAUCAUAGGUUGAGUUCCAGUAACUACACUUUUGCAUGUUUAAGAUCGUAGCUAUGCUGGCCCAUUGCAUCAAUGUGGCCCAUGUGCUCUCUGAUGAUAUGCGAGUGUGGAUAUCUGACUGAUCUCAACCUGUGUGUUGGCAGGAAGUUGGAUGUGAUAUCCAUGUGUUAGCUAGUGUAACACAUGCAAAAAUAGUUUGAAUUCUACCGGAUUGUAUCAAUUAGUCACUAAUAUUAGAGUCCUUAAUGCACUGUGUGGGCACUAAGAAAUAUGAAUGAUUGGAUGAGUAUGUAAUGAUGCUGGAACCUCCCAAAGACUGUUGCUGAAUGCAGCUUGAAUGAACUAACAUGUUUAAUUUGGAGACAUUGUGUGUCUUUUUGAGGCUUGGCGUAAAAAGGGACUGACGCUUGGCAGUGCCCCUCUGUACACAGAUGGUUGGUAAACCUCUCUCUAUGCCCCCCUCCUUCUCUCCCCAGGCAGACAGCCAUGUUUAAGUGCUUGAGCAGCCCAUCCCUGCCCAUGACUUUAAUUGAUUUCCUCUGAGGAGGAGCAGGUGCCAUCCAUCAACGGGCCUUGGCGUUUGCUGCCGUAGUCUGGCAGUGACUGUCAAUCAGACUGUGGUGGAAGACACAGGUUGGCUUUGUGGCUGAAUCAGUGACGGGUGCUUCCUGUUUUCAAAACAGUUAAACUUUCCAAAGGUUUGAUCAGGGUAGUGAAGAACAGCAGAAAGUGGCAGGAAAGUUUUGUGGAUAGAAAGCGUCUUUCAGAGUAAUAGAAGAAAGUCAUGCACAAUUGAUAUUAAGACCUGAGUCGUGUAAACAAUGCUUAUAAAAAUACACCUUGCUGGAUUACUAAUGCUUAUUUACCUGGCUCAGACAGCGAUGGCGACAAGCAGGCAGGGUAGACUGGUGAUUCCCCCAGGAUAAGCCUGUGUCCUCUGAGGGGAUUAACCCAUGUGGAAAAUCAUCCCUGGCACACACACUCAUUAACCUAAUCUGGUAUUAGAAUCAAGGACUCAUGAGAGGCAGACAAUCCUGCGCAUCCCUACUUUGUACCAUUCCCCCUGCAGUGUCCACCAUUCAUCCUAAUGUCACGUGUUCAUAUGGAAUUGGUGUUUCCAUUUGUGGUUACACCAAAAAUGUAGCAGUGAAAAGGGAAUUAAAAUUUGGCGAGACACUGAGUGUGGUUGAGAAUGUGUGCCGUGCCUUACAGGGAGCACAGGGUCAUAACUGUCUUUAUCUUCACUGCCUCCUAGUAUGGAUAUGUAGUCAUAACACGCCAUAAAAGGGAAAUUUUAUUUCUCCAUGAGCAGGACACAGACAGAGGAGGUACUGUAGUAUUCUGCUAAGCUGUGAAAAAGGAGGAUGGUGGGAAAGUUGAGUGUUUCAUCACGUAGAGGUCAGCCAGACCUUGUAAUCAAUUUUUUUGAUGCUGAAGAGCCAGCCUUGUCUGUCUGCCAAAAUGGACCAGCGGCUAGUUGUGGCAGGUUGGGAGUUUUUUAGAGCCCCAGUAUUGGACCUUCAGAGCGCUAGCUCAGUAGGUCACACACAGAAUGGUCGUAAUACACUCAGCAGAGGGGCUAAUGGCUCCAACUGGCAUCAGACACUGAACAAUUGGUCACCUUACUCUGGACAGAGACUGACACCAUAAAACAAUUUCAUAAUGGGGUUGUAAUGGUCUCAAAACAAAAGGAUACUCUGUGUUUUUAAGUAUAUACCACUGAGGGGAAAAUAUAUAGGUAUGUUGGAGCUUUUUUUCUAAGAAAUAACAGAUUCAUCUCAGGCUCUCAUAUAUGUAUGACUUGACGUGCUUUUCACCUGUUCUUACAUCUAGGUCUGAAAGUAUUGUCAUGCUGGCACCGAACUGCAAUGCAUAGUCAUGUUUGGGCAUUGCACUCCCAUGAGUGUGAAAUCAAUAUGGGUAAGGGUUGGAGGUUGUGUAAUGCACCUGGCUGGUUUUGAUGGAUUCUCUCUUUACUGCAGUGGUGCACAGUGAGCACAGAGCACUGUGAAAACCUAUUGAUCUCAAUCAUAGAGUUGGAGAGAGCUUGUCUCCUCACUGCAGCAAACUUCCUGUUUCACUCAGCAUUGCACAGUUUAUGAGGGGGUACUGCCAAGACAGUGCACGGACAAAAAGGAAUAUCUGAAAACAUGUUUGCUGUUAAGAACUGUGUGUUGGACUAAAAUACAGGGAAUGUUUGAAAGCACAGUAUUGCUCUGUUACCUUGCUUGUGGGUGUCACACCCCAGUGCUCAUCUAUUUCAGUCUGUGAAGGUGUACAAACUUGAGUUCAGCUGUGCAUGAUAGAUGACAGAUUUGUUCUGUUAGCAAUAUAAUUAAUAUUUAAUGAAUAGAUGUUGGAAGAGAUUUAUGAAAUAAAAGCAUUUGGCAAACAUGCUGCUCCACUGUUGCACUUUAGUUACACCUGUGGGUCAGAUUGUUUUUGUACCGUGUUGUGUGAUGAAGUUGUCCUUUUUUCAAGAAAUAAAGGCUUCUAGUCAACGUGAAAUUUAUGCUGUUUUGCUGUAAUAUGCUUGAAUAGUUUGA